GGCCCAGCCCAACUACACAUGCAAUUGAAGAAAGAAAAGUUGCAAUUCUUAAAUCCCUUCAUUUUUAGCUGAGCUUCAGGCUCUACAGUCUACACUACUUUCUCGAAGAACCCUAGGCCUGGAUUUUGCAUCAAGCUCUUUAUUGGAGAUUUGUCGUAACAGAGUGUUAACGAUUUAUCCGGAGAUGUCUGGGAUUGCAGGAUACCGAGCCCUUGCACCAAAAACCAAGAACCUGAUUGUUGCUGGGGGGCUGUCAGCAUUUGUCUUCGGGGUGUAUUUCUACACAAUGAGGGCUGUUGGCGGUACAGAUGAACUUCAGGUAGCUAUCGACAAAUUUGAAGAGCAUAAACGUAGGAAUGAGGAAGAAGCAACCUUGGCUCCAAAAGCUUAGUUGAUUUCACAUGAAUAGAACUAUGUAAUUAGCUAAACAUUGGUCGACAGAAACGCGAUAGCGCAUCCUUAUCCUCGACUUGAGUAUGAUUUCUGAUUUAGAAAUGUAGUCAUGAUUAUAAGUUUUUGGUUGUGAUUCAAAUAAAGACAUGAUUGUUAUCCUUCCCAGAUACUUCAGAAACUGAAUUCUGGUACAUAUGUAUUUUCAGCUCUUUUCAAUCUGCCGGAAGUUCUAGAAAACAUGUAACAUCAGUUGUCAUUGUUAUAUAAUCUUUUUCCUUCUUGUCCUUU